CUUGUCGGUAAUCGGUACCCGGAACCGGUAGUUUGACAGACGUCUGAAGUCUGAUCCUGAUCCAAAAGAAUCCAAAUCGACAAAAAAUCAGAAAACAAAAAACUAAUCGAAGAAAAAUUCGAUAAAUUUCUACUUAUCAUUCAGAAACUGAAUCUGAGGAAGUUUCUAAAAGUAACAUGGAGGAGAAAAUAAUUUCUGGAUUGAAGGACCUAGGCUAUCAAGGAUCCUUGAUUCAAAAAGGAAACCUGAGAAGUUCACUUGAGUAUGGGCCAAAAAGUAUUGAAUACACUAAGUUAGUUAAUUAUUUAACGACAGAAUUACGCACCUUGGAAAAUUUGGAUGAACAAGUAAACGCCAUAUCAAGUCCUGAAGAUUCAGUUUCCUUCACAAUGGAAAUCGGUUCAUUUCUCAAAGAACUAAAUUGUCCAUAUCAAUCCCUUACACAGGGUCAUGUUUCCGAUCGAUUGCAAAAUGUGGAAGAUAGGGAAUUAUUAUUGGAUUAUUUGAUCACUGAGCUCAUGAUAGCGAGAAUGAAUCAGGAAAAGAUGCCAAAAGCAAAAAUUGAAUUGAAGCUGCAAGAAACUCAGGAAGCAUCUUACUUGAAGGAAAUUCUCAUGUCACUGGGAUUUCCUAAACCAUCUGAGGUGACUAUUCAAAUUGUCUUUCGGAACUUGAUUUCUAAAAUUGAAGAGAUAAUUAAGAAGAAUGGUGUUGCUUUUAUUGGAAAAGCAUUCUUCAGUGGCUUCUUAUCAGAUAAACAAUGGAAAAUUCUUAGUCAAUUAGAGAAAGAAUUGAGGAGCGAUUAUAAAAUAAGACGAGAGAUGCUACUGACUAGAUUAGACGUUACUAUACAAUCUUUCCAGUGGUCUGAUAGAGCGAAAGGGAAAGAAGACUUUUUCCAAACAAAAUACAAACCGGAAAGGAGCGAUCUACAUAUUGAUCCAGACGUAGACUUAUCUCAUUUAUUAGCGGCUAGGACAGAUCUUGCUAUAAUUGAAAAAACCAGUUCGGCGAAUGUCAGGAGAUUCACUAGAAAUUCAAUUCAAAAAGUUAUAAUCGGGCAGGUUCCAGAUAGGGGAGGUAGAACGAAUGAAAUAGCACCUCCUCCUCCCGAAAUGCCAUCCUGGCAACAGAGAACCCCAGGGCCUCAAAAUAUGGGAAGAGGCGGUGGCUUCAAUCAGAGUAGAGGAAGAGGUAAUUACAACCAAGGAAAUGGUCGAGGAAGUUACAACCAGAGCGGAGGGCAACAAUCGUUUUCCAAAAGCGACUCGCAAUUCAACUCCGGAAGAGGUAAUAACAGCUUUGGGAAUCCCUCAAACAGAAGCGCCGAUUCUUAUAGCGGAUUUAAGAGCUCUUUGAGUAGUUCGAGCAGUAGUAGCAAACCUUUCUCGAAUUUCAAUACGAGCUUGGCCAUGUAUAGUUCAUACUGUCCAAGUUUCGGCAGGUUAGGGAAUUCUAGUACAAAGCCAGGUUAUCUCGGGUCCAGGGAUAGUACAAGUUCAGAUAAGGAUAGCUUUUCGACGGUUAGAAAAGACCCGUCCCAAAAUUUUGAUAGCGCGGGGUCAUACGAUAGCCCUAAUAAACGUCCCAGAACAAGUUCUAACAACAAAGAUUCCACAUCUACUAAUUACAGUCAAAAGCGCUCUUUUAAUAUUGCAGGAGAUAACGAGGAAAGAGGAAAUUAUAAUUCCAGGACAAGUUCUGGAAAUUAUGGGGGCGAUAGACAAUCGAAUUAUACUGCGUAUGAUAGUGCUGGAAGCUAUGAUACGAAUAAAAGGGUAAAAUCGUAUGACAAUUUCAGAACCGAUAAUGCUUCUUAUUCUGAUCAAUAUGUAAGAGAUACGGAACAUAAUCAGCAAAAUCAUUCAAGAAAUGGGUCUUCGAGGGGGCGCUCCAAUUACCAUCGUGGCCAAGGUAAUAGGUAUAAGAGGUGAAUUAAUUUUUCCUCGACAUGAUGAUUGUAUUCUAACACGUGUAAUCUAAAAAAUGAACUGUAAUGUGUAAUUUAUGCUUCUGUAUUCAUACUCCCUCAAUAAGAGUAAAUUGAAACUGUU